AUGGUUCUGCCACCAGAACCAACGAAAAAUCAAAAUCAAAUUAAAGAACAAGAUAUUGAACUGGCUGUUGGCCUAGCUGGCUUUGGAAAAUUUAGUAUUAAAAUAAUAUUACUUUGUGGAUUUAUAUUUUUAAAUUCGGCAUUUAAUAUUAGCAGUGUUGGUCUUGUGUUACCAUCAGCAGCAUGUGAUUUUAAUCUCACGACAAUUGACAAGGGUCGCAUAACUUCAUCACCAAUGUUGGGUAUGUUAUUUGGAUCAUAUUUUUGGGGUUGUUUGGCUGAUUUAUCUGGACGUAAAUCAGCACUUUUAUUAUCUCUGCUAAGCCAUGGAUUAUUUGAAAUAAUAUUAUCAAUAACUCCAAACUACUGGAUAUUUAUUGUCCUAAAAUUUUUCAGUGGCUUCUGUGUAACAGGUCAUGGUGCAGUUGUAUUCACAUACCUGGGUGAAUUUCAAGCUCCAAAAAUACGUGAAAAAAUAUUAUCAACAAUGGAAAGUGCCUGGUCAAUUGGUCUUCUAGCAAUGCCACUUGUUGGAUGGUUAAUAAUUCCCCUCGAUGUAAAUUACACAACAAAUUAUUUUUCUUAUCAUUCUUGGAAUUUAUUUGUUUUCAUCUGUUCACUUGGAUCAAUUCUAAUAUCAAUAUGGCUUUUAUCAUUUCCUGAAACACCAAAGUACCUUGCUGAAUCAAAUAACUUCGAAAAAUUAUCAAAAACAUUGGAUCACAUGCAUUAUGAAAAUACUGGACAAACAUUUGAUGAUUAUCUUAAAAAAUUAGAAGACAAUGGAUGUAAUUAUUUAUCAUUAAUACUAAAAAAUCCACCGUCAAAUUUAAUCAAUUCAAGAAGACCAUCAAGAGCUGAAAAAACAUUUGAUUUAUUUAUGAAAAUUUUUAGUCAAGCUGUUGAUUUAAUUAGACCACCAUUUUUAAUACGAACAAUUAUUAUUUGUGUUAUUAUGUAUUGUCUUGGAUCUUCAUAUUAUGCAUUGAUACUUUGGUUUCCUGAAUUGUUUCAACGUUUUGCGAUUUUUGAAAUUAAUCAUCCUGGUGAAACAGCAAGUGUUUGUCGUGUUUCUGAAAAAAACUUGACUAGCAUUAAUAUGAAUGAGUGCCCGACAAAUAUAUCGACAGAUGUUUAUUUUCAUACAGCAAUUUUGGGAGCUGCUUGUAUCCCACUCAGCAUAAUGCUGCCAAUAUUUGUUGAAAAACUUGGAUAUAAAUUUUAUUUAGUUUUAUCAAGUGCAAUUGCAUCAAGUGUUACAAUGGGUUUAUUUUUUGUUGAAACUUCAUUUCAAAAUUUAAUUCUUUCAUGUAUUUUUGAAGCUUUUACAUCAGUUGGUACUUGCAUUAUUCUCUGCAUUAUUGUAGAAAUUUAUCCAACAAAAUUAAGGGGAAUCGCAUCAGCAGUGUCAGUAUUUUUUUGUCGGCUUGGUGCCUUGAUGGGAAAUUCUCUAUUUGGUUAUUUAAUUGAUGAACAUUGUGUUACAUUAAUCAUCAUCAUAGCCACUCAGCUUCUAGUUUCUGCUAUUCUUGGUUUAAUUAUUCCAAUA